AUGGCCGACCAGCUGACUGAGGAGCAGAUUGCGGAGUUCAAGGAGGCCUUCUCCCUGUUCGACAAGGAUGGCGAUGGAACCAUCACCACCAAGGAGCUGGGCACCGUGAUGCGCUCUCUGGGCCAGAACCCGACGGAGGCCGAGUUGCAGGACAUGAUCAACGAGGUCGACGCCGAUGGAAACGGCACCAUUGACUUCCCCGAGUUCUUGUCUUUGAUGGCCCGAAAGAUGAAGGACACCGACACGGAGGAAGAGCUCAUCGAGGCAUUCAAGGUCUUCGACCGCGAUGGCAACGGCUUCAUCAGUGCCGCCGAGCUGCGGCACGUGAUGACCAACCUGGGUGCUUGGCUGAGGGGUCUUGCGGUGGCGCAUUGUGAGAAGCUCACGGAUGAGGAGGUCGAUGAGAUGAUCCGUGAGGCUGAUGUGGAUGGUGACGGCCAGAUCAACUAUGAGGAGUUCGUGAAGAUGAUGAUGGCCAAGUGCCAAACGAAGCUGGACCGAGGCGUGCGUUUCCGCUGCUUUGGCUUAGCUUCAGCUCGAGAGGAGCAGAUUGCGGAGUUCAAGGAGGCCUUCUCCCUGUUCGACAAGGAUGGCGAUGGAACCAUCACCACCAAGGAGCUGGGCACCGUGAUGCGCUCUCUGGGCCAGAACCCGACGGAGGCCGAGUUGCAGGACAUGAUCAACGAGGUCGACGCCGAUGGAAACGGCACCAUUGACUUCCCCGAGUUCUUGUCUUUGAUGGCCCGAAAGAUGAAGGACACCGACACGGAGGAAGAGCUCAUCGAGGCAUUCAAGGUCUUCGACCGCGAUGGCAACGGCUUCAUCAGUGCCGCCGAGCUGCGGCACGUGAUGACCAACCUGGGUGAGAAGCUCACGGAUGAGGAGGUCGAUGAGAUGAUCCGUGAGGCUGAUGUGGAUGGUGACGGCCAGAUCAACUAUGAGGAGUUCGUGAAGAUGAUGAUGGCCAAGUGA